CUUCAGUAGCUUGUGAGAGGCCUUACGGUCGAGAUUGCUCCGUUGUGACGGUGGGUAGAGUCGACAGCCGCAUACAGGAUAACUGUAAAUCCCAACGCGGUGAAGGAAGUGAGGAGAGAGAGAGAGGGAAGGAAGGAGGAGAGAGAGAGAGAUACAUGACGCGACCGAUCCGGCGUGACUUACCGCGGGUGUAAUCAUUGACAACCGCGAAUACUUAAUUACCACGAAUCUCGAGUUCAGUGUGAAAGGAAGCCUGGACCCUGGUUCGGGGCUGGUCCCUGAACCUCGGCUGGACAGUGAACCCAUCAUCAGCGGGGUGCCGUGUGAUUGACCUCUAUAAUUUUAUUUUGACACGAGCAACCGUGUCUUGACAUUAUCAGGUCUUUAUCGUCGUCGGUCCCCCCCCCGAGUGAAUACUCGCCCGCGUGGAGCAUCACGUGGAGCAGGGACAGGACAGGUGAUGGUGAAUCACUCUGCGGAGGACGUGAACACAGAUGGAUUUGGUAGUGCGUUCCUCGGGAUUCUGUGCGGCCUCCUCGGGAACGAGACUGUUGUGCGCGACUGACGUGCCGCGAGUGUGUGUGUAGGUAAAUGACAGCUCUGUGCGAAGGACCGUCAGGAUGCCGAAGAUCUUUCUGAUCAAGAACCGACUGCACCAGCAGCAACUGCGGCUGCUGGAGUCGUCGCACCUCGGCAAGGGCCCGCUACACGGCAGUGGCAAGGACAGCCCGUUAGGCAGCUCGGAGCCGCUCAGUCUCAUCGUCACCAAGGAUCAACCGGAUCGUGACAAGACCGACUAUGACCGCACGGCGACUCCGGAAUUUUUGCGGAGCACCAGUCCGACGUUGUCGUCGCCGCCGUCGACGCCGCAAUCGUCGCAACCGGCGGCGAGUCCAUCGAGUGGCAGCGCGACUCGACCCAGGAGAUUCAUCUCCAGCAUCCUCGGCGGCGACGUGCCUUACGGCAGUCGGGGUCACGUGCUGACACGAGCGGAGCGCAAGGAGUACAGCAGCCCGCCGAUCGCGCCUGCGACCACGAGCGAUCCGCCGCGGUUCCUGUCGCAGCCCGACAAGGUGAUCCUGCCGAGGCCGCAGACACCGCCGAAAAUCCCGCAGGCCGAGCCGCUCAGGAGGGUGUCGGUGAUCAAGAGGGUUCCCACCAAGGGGGAGUCCGCUAAGCUACAGGACGCACCACAGGACGCCCCGCAAAACGUCCCAGAGGAAGUCCCAGAGGACGAGAGCAAGUUGGAGAUACCGACCCCCGAGCCAGUACAGGAGCAUCCAAUCGACUACGCAGUGCCGAAGAAGAGAAAACGAGAGGACGAGGACGACGAGGAGUGUCGCGAGGGAGCGAAGGUGUCUCGCACCGCCGGCAGCUCGAUCGCCAGGCCUCUGCUGAGCGUACAACUGCCCGGGUCACAGGUCGUGCAGGCGGCUGCGGGUCACGGUAGAUCCUCCAACUCGGGCAACAGCGGCUCUUCCGGCAACAGUGGUUCCGGCGGCGGCGGCGGCGGCGGCGGCGGCAGCGGCGGCAGCGGCGGCGGCAGUGCUGGAGGUGGCGGCUCUUCGUCCUCGAGCAACGGAGGUGGCAGCGGAAGUUACUGCGGCGGGGGUGGAGGCGGUGGUGGAGCCAUGGCGGGCGGAUGUGGCGGCGGGGGCGGCGGUAGUGGCGGCGGCGGAGGCGGCGGCGGUGCGGUCGGCGGGGGUGCUGGCGGGGGCGGCAUGAAUCCCGGUGGUAACGGGGGUCGCGGCAACUAUGGACCCAGCUCGCCCCCCACCGGCUCCUUGCCGCCUUUCUACGAGUCCUUGAAGGGCGGCAACAACCUCGCCAAUUUCGCCAAUCAGUACAACAGCGCACAGGGGAACGCGUACCUCACGCCGUUGCCCGCGGUGGGCAUCGAAUGCGACAUCGGUCAGCAGGAUGUGAACUCUCAGCACGUGCAGUACAGCGCGCAGGAGGGCAAGCAAUACUCGUUGCUGCAGAACGUCUGCGCCUCGUACGGCCUGACGUUCAAGGAAGAGCAAGAGGAGCUGGCAGCGUACAAGAUGCAGUCAAACGACUUGCUGUCCAGCCAAUACGGCCCGUACGACGUGUCCGACUCGAGUAUCAUGGUGGACAUGGUGACCGGCGCGGUGGUAGACCCGCUGCAACUCACCGCGACCCUCACCUUCAAUCCGUCCUCCGACCACACGGCGUUGCUGGAGAGUCUGAGCGACGCGGACCUCCUGCUGCCUCGAUUGCAGGCCGAGGACGGUGGCAGCGAUCUUCUCGAGGACCCGUUGCACUCGCCCGCCUCGACCGGCAGCAGCGGAAUCGGCCAAGAUGCGGGUCAGAUGACCACUCCCGUCGAGCCCAGCGUCGAUCCUUUCCCCGAGCACAGUAUGGCCUUGACCAGAGGCUUUGACACGAGACACUACACCACUCCGCAACACUACAACGCGUCCAAGCUGGGGCUGAGCUACGCGAGCGGGGAGCCGAACUAUCAGCCACUCUCGAAGGAACGGCCGGAGUUGGCGUUGCAUAUCAAUCAGAAUCACCAGCACCAGCAAGAUCAGCAGUUGCAGAUUCAGGUGCAACUGCAGCAGCAGAAGCAGCAGACCGCUAUGUCACCGCAUCAGCAGCAGCAGCAGCAGCAGCAGCAGCAACAGCAGCAGCAACAGCAGCAGCAACAUCAGGCGCUCCUCAGUCCUGGCUUGAGUUUCACCGGUAACGGUUUAGAAUUAGACUCGGGCAGCAGCGUGGGUGGCAGCCUGCCCAGCCCCGGCGCGACCAGCUGUUCCUUGGACGGCGCCUCCACCCGGACCUCUCCGUCGUGCGCCCUGAUGGAACACGCGCACAGCCCGGUGGCGGUGGUGAACGGGACCCAGGCAGCCGCGGGACCGGUCGGCGAGCCGCCGCUUUCGCAACGGGUCGGUGUACUCCAGCAAAGGCUUGGUUUACCAAGUGACUGUCAGAUAGAAUUUGUUAACGGCGGUCACGGCAUUAAGAAUCCUUUAGCCAUCGAGAGCCAAAGGCAGGCGGCGGCCAAUCGGGACGAGGACAGAGCGAAUCGGACCCCGCCCGGCGGCAAGGACGACAACUUCGUUUGCCGCGUGUGCAGCAAGAACUUCAACCUACAGCGGCUACUCAAUCGUCACAUGAAGUGUCACAGCGACGUGAAGCGUUACCUCUGCACAUUCUGCGGAAAGGGCUUCAACGACACAUUCGACCUCAAGAGGCACACGAGAACGCACACCGGAGUGCGGCCGUACAAGUGCUAUCUUUGCGAGAAGAGUUUCACGCAGAGGUGCUCUCUGGAGAGUCACGGGGUGAAGGUUCACGGCGUGCAGCAUCAGUACGCGUACAAGGAGCGACGCGCUAAGGUGUACGUUUGCGAGGAAUGCGGACACACCACGCACGAGCCGGAGGUGCAUUAUCUUCACCUGAAGGAGAAGCACCCGUACAGCCCGUCGCUGCUCAAGUUCUACGACAAACGGCACUUCAAGUUCACCAACAGCAACUUCGCGAACAUGCUGCUACAGGGUGGCCUUCUGCAACGGGACUCGCCGCGGGACACGACGGACAGCUGCAGCCUCGCGGAGCGGCGUGAGACGACCUCGAGCAGCACCGAGUCGACGCAUCAACAGUCCACGACGCUCGUGGCCCAAGCAUCCACCUUCUGAAUCGUCCGCCCUCUCCCUGCUGUGAGAACUGCCGAAGAGACGACGUGAAGUCGACCGGAUCGAGCCGCUGGGGAUCGAGCAAGGACGGGAAAUAGUAAAAAAGUACCUGCAUCAUGCGCAUUUACCGUAACGACAGCGUUCGGGCGAACCUCUGAAACGAGAUGAUUCCAGUUGGGAAUCGGUCGCGAGUCCCGCGCGAAACCUUCAUUGGCGCUACGAGAUGCGCGCGAUGCUUCGCUGUGGGACACACAAUGCGGAUUUUCGCGCGAAGCUAUUUAUCCGAGACAGGGUUGUUAGAUAAGACACCUUUUCGCCCAUGUACGAAAGUGUCAGAAAAUAUGGGAACGCAGACAGAGAAAGGUUGUCCGCUGUUUUUCUGUAAAUUUCAAAACGCAUCUGUGUGAUGUCCAACAGAAGAAUUCUCUCAAGUAUCGCACAGAAAACUGAUCCAUUCUGAGUAGAUUCUUAUCGGUUUUUCGAAAAUUUAUAAAUAAUAUUUUUUAGGGGCAUCCAAAUGGGGACUCUCCUUGAAGUAAUCAAAUUGUAUAUUCUACUGAUGUCACAUGUCGCGUUACGUUCAAUGCGCAUGGGGAUUCUAAAAGGGGGAUUCAUCUAACAACACUGAUCUGAGAUGAAUUAGGGAGUAGAUAUGUAGAAAAUGUGGAUGAGGUAGAUAAGAAGUAGGGAAGAGAAAAGGAGAGACUGUAGAGCCGCAGUGAUGGAAAUCGCGCGCGAUCGCAAACUCGUCGUAGAUCGUGGCGCAUACUUUGUGCAAUCAACUAGGAAAUCGAUUCCUAUAGAACUGCUAUAGAACUGCUGUCUCGACGAUACGCCUGUACAAUUAAGUUCGCGUGUCGCUCUUCUCUCUAAACGCGUAAUAGGUAAGUGCUCGCAAAAGAAGAAGUCUCCACUUUUCCCCGGAACAUAUGGUACAUAUGGUUUUUAGACUCUGACAACAACAACAGUGAGAUUCAUCGCGGCCGAGGUCGCAAACGAACCCGCCGCGGAAUCUCGCUUCUACUCAUAGCCGGACGAUCGAUGGUCCGAUUUUUAGGGCGUUUUUUCUCUCUAGUUUUAGUGUAUUUAACUAUAUGGGAGAUUAAUUUAAAAACAAAUCCUAGGACAAAGUUAGUUUUACCAGGUACAACCACGACUGCAUGCGGGGCGCAUGUAUAGACGCACCCAUACCCAUACAUAGGCAUUCACGACACACACACACACACACAUAUCAUCAUCAUCAUCAUCAUUAUCAUUAUCGUCAUCAUCAUUCUCACACACACGCAUACACAGAAAAAUAGAAAUCGGCUCGUGUACUUAAGUUUCGAUUCCCCGGGGACAAGAAAUCGGAAUAAGAGAUCCCUGCAGGAAGUUCCUGUUACCUCAGUCAUCUCGAGCGAGUUUUAACGCAGCCCAGUGUCUAAAACAAACGUUGCGGACUUUCGGUCGCGGUAACAGACAGAGAAACCAUUUCACAUUGUCAGAGAGUUGACAUCUGGUCCCCAGCGAGCGGGGAUUCAGUUGCACGAGCCGAGCUCCUUCCUCUUUCACGCACACACGCUCACGCAUCCGUAUGUACAGGUACCACGAUAGAAUAUUAGCGACGGGCAGGCGGCGCGACAUCGAGCGGACCCGAAGACUCGGAUCGAACGUUUCAGGAAUGCCGAAUCACCCUCGCCACGCCGAGGGCGAAGAAGGGAGAGCGCGAUCGCACGGAAGACUUUUUUUUCUCAGAGAUGUACGGCGAGUUACGUUGCUUUCCGACUCGACGGGUGGAACGUACGCGCGCGGACAGAGUCGUAGAGUUCCGGGUGUCGCCUGGACACGCACGGCCGGCCCCGCGGGGCCUUCCUUCGGCGAUCGCGAUUCUCGGACGCGUUGCUCUUCGGAGCACCCUGUGGAACGGCGGUGUAGGAACGGUGACCUCUCCGCGGCGACGUUCCCGUUCUCAUAUAGUCUCUAUAUACGCGUUAGGCACAUAUAUGUACAUAUACAUGAUACAAAGUAAGUCCCCAAACCAACGCGCACCUUGGGUGAUCUGUGAUAUGAUAAGAGCGACAUUAUAAGGUUUCUUUUUUUUUUUUUUUUCGCACUCGCUCCUCCACGCAACGGAUUCCGCUUUCCGCACUCGCACUAUGGUUUUUCUCCUCGGGAAAGGGAAAGGGACUGGGGGAAAGAAGGGCAAGGAGAAAGAGGAGGAGGGGUAUGUACCGAUCAUACACAUGUACACACACGCACGUAUGCAUGCACAGGUACACUCAUAUAUAUAU